AAAUCUCGUUCCAUUGAAGCAGACGUUGAAGCUCUCCAUUGCUCGAUCAAGAGCGAGAUCGAGAGAAUGCGUCCCAAAUUGGUGUUGUUCGGAGACUCCAUCACGGAGGGGUCCUUCAUGGAAGGCGGCUGGGGCGCCACCCUCGCUCACCACUUCUCCCGCACGGCGGAUGUGGUGCUGCGAGGGUAUAGUGGGUACAACACACGAUGGGCACGGCUGGUGGUGGAGAGGGCCAUGGAUGGAGUCGGCGUCGGAGAUGCGUCACCCAAGGCCGUGACGGUGUUCUUUGGCGCCAACGACGCUUGCCUCCCGGACCGCGCUGGUGCCUCUCAGCACGUCCCCCUUCUUGAGUAUCAAGACAAUCUUCGAUCCAUUUGCUCCUUUUUCAAGGCUCAAUGGCCUACUACCAUUAUUGUACUCAUAACACCACCUCCGAUUGAUGAAGAUGGGCGCUUGAAGAACCCAUAUGAAAAUAACAGUUCAGGUCUGCCUGAUAGGACUAAUGAGUUUGCUGGUGCUUAUGCAAAGGCUUGCGUUGCCAUUGCAAAAGAAUCUGACCUCCCAGUGAUAGACAUCUGGUCGAAAAUGCAGUCAUUUCCUGGUUGGGAGAAAUCUUUUCUAAGUGAUGGUUUGCACCUUACUGCUCUGGGGAACAGGAUUGUCUUUGAGGAAGUGGUGUUGAAGCUAAAAGAGAAAGGCAUUAGCCUUGAAGCCGUUCCUAUCGAUCUACCUCUCUUUACCGAUAUCGAUACUGAUAAUCCUCACAAGUCUUUGUGCCAAUGAGAGGACCUGACAGCAUCUCACUUUGCAUUCAAUAGUCAAUCUGAAUUAUGGACCAUCCAUAGCAAUCUAUCAAUAAGUUUCAGUCUGAGCACAGCUAUUGUUCUCCAUUCUUGAAAAUUCAUUUCAAGUGGUUAGAUUUGAGUUUAUUUUGUUGGCUUGGACCUUAAUUUCUUGUUAUCUUCCAACCAAUGAGAAACAUGAAAUUCUGUUGAAAUCUGUGAAAGGUACAUUGUGGAUAAUGGAUGAUUGUAUUUUGUAAAAUAUAAAUGAUUGUAUUCCUUAA